AUGUUGAAGUUUAGAUCUAAGUCGACUCCUCCGGUCCCCCUUCCAAGACGAAUAGCAUCAAUCGAACCCGUCGUUUCGACUGAAUCAGUCGACUCCUCCAAUCUCCCUUCACACAAGUCAGCCACCUCCUCCAAUCCCCCUUCCGCCGCCGCAUCCGCCUCCGUCUCGCUCAAGCACCGUCUCGCUCAAACAUCCGCGACGAGAGAUGCAUCUCGCUCAAAUUUGCACUUGAAGACGUUCGAUAGUAAUUCAUUAGAAGGGUCUAAGCCGUCCGCCGCUGUAGACUUCGCCGGAAAUCACCGCUGCCAAGGAUCGCCGCCGAGAACCGCCCCGAGCCCAGCCACACACGACCGCGAGCACAGGCCCGCAACCGCGUGCAGCUCAAGCCUCGCGAAUAGUUCCCAGCGAUGCGUAUCGCUGCCCAGCACUGCCGUGCACCACGAGCAAACCGAUCCCGAUCGCCCCUGCUCGUGCCCCAGUGCCGUGUCGAUCUGCUUCCAGCGACCGAGCAUCACGCGCCUGCCAUCCCGUGCUCGUCCAAAAUUCCUCGUGCGCCUAAGAGACUUGCCGCACAUGCCCGCGUAA